AUGGGUGUUAAAGUAUCACCAGCUAAACCAGCCCAACCUAAAAUUAAUACCUUAUUUGAGGAAGAUCGCCUAUUAAAUAAAUUCAAGUACUUCAUACUAUUUCAAACACUUUUUGGCGUCAAUCGCAUCUAUUUAUUAGACGCUGGGAGAAUCAAAACGUGGUUAAGUUAUUUGUAUAAUUUCGGGACGAUAGCUUUGGUUAUAUACUUCAUGUUCCACAAAGACAGUAUUGCUACAACUUUCCUCGUGUACCAAGACACCGCUUUGGUCGAAAAUCUAUUACUAACCCUUAAUUCUUUAAUAUUGCACAAGAACAGUUUGUUAAAGUUUUUCAAGAGGAUCAACACGUUUGACGAAAUGUUAAACAUAAAAAACAACAGUUCAAUUGAAUGCUCGCUACAUAUUCCAGUUGUAUUUUUGUUCGUGCUAUUUGUGUUAAUUGCAAUUGAAUGCGUGCUUUUAAAAAUCUACGUGAUAGAUAGAGUAUCUUUGAACUCGACAUUCUUCAUCACGUACUACGCUCUGCUCGCUCACGAUACAGAAAUAAUAUUUUUCUGUGUAAUGCUCAUAAUGAUUGUCAGAAGAGUUAAGGUAUUAAAGGGGCACGUAGCGAAGUUAUUCGUGCAUGAAAAGGGGAUGAAAGAGAACAAUUAUAAUACUCUGGAAGCUUUGUCAAACAAGGCUAACCUAGACGUCAGCUCUUUGCACAGCGCUUAUGAUUUAUUACAUAAUUGUUCAGAAAAGCUUAAUUCAGCUAUGAACUUGCCGAUGAUUAUUAUAUUUAUUACUUCGGGAUUAUCAUCGAUAAUGCUUUUAAGGAACAUUUUUUGUGUUGUUCAAAUUGAUUGGAUUGAUAAUUUUUAUGUGCAAGCCUUAAUAUGCUACGCAAUAGGUCACUGCAUGAAAUUCACGAUUCUUGUAGUAAUGCCGUGUUACUUCUCAAACAUUACAACUACACAAGUAACCAUAAUUCGAACUAUGCUUCAUGAUGCUAUAAAUACUAUGAACAUGGAUAAAAUUGAACGUCGCAAAUUGAAAGCCUUCUUCCAACUUACCAGAGAUUGCGACUUUGGCUACGCGCUUUGGGGCGUCAUCAAAAUGGACAUGUCGCUGCCUCUGAGCUACUGCAGUCUUUGCGUCACAUAUCUCAUUAUUGUAGUGCAAUUUUCUAAGUUUAUUGAUUAG